AUGUUUAGCUUAUUCAAGACAGUCACGCUCGUGACUGCAGCCAUUCUUUCUCUCGCUCCGGUCACUACGGCCUCAACCACUCGACGACAGACCCUGUCCACCAAUCUCGACUGCACCAAGCCCGCGACUCACAAGUCGACCUACACCGGUGAGAAAGGCACCUUUGAAGUCCUCUGCGGAUGGGAUUACGGCGGCGGUGACUAUAAGGGUAUCAACGUGCCGACAUUUGAGGCCUGCGUAAAGGCCUGCGAUGCCGAAGAAGCCUGCAUCGCCGUAGCCUACGUCUACGACCAGCAGAAUUGCUACCUGAAAGACGUGCAGACGCCUGCCACGGCCCUUGCGUGGGUGAACUCUGCACGCAAGACAUCCAAGGCUUUAGGGGUCACCUGCGCCGGUGGUGCCUCCAACGGUGCGACCUACGCUGGUGCCAACGGAAACUUCGAGAUUGUGUGCGGCGUGGACUACGCCGGCGCCGACAUCGCCGCUCUCCAGGUCGCCACUUUCGAAGACUGCAUCAAGGCUUGCGACAAUGAUGCCCGAUGCGUGGAUGUUUCGUACAGCCAUAUUGGGAAAACGUGCUGGACCAAGGACCGACUCACCACACCCAACCCCGUGGAAGCCAUUUGGACUGCGAAAAAGGCUGUCAAGGAGAAGCCGACGUCGCAGGUCACAUGCGUAGGCAACGCUGCUGACGGCACCACGUACAAAGCGACCAAGAGCUCAUUUCAGAUCCUCUGCGGUGUGGAUUACGGGGGCGGGGACAUUGGAGCUGCUCAGUACGACACCUUUGAAGAGUGCAUGAAGGCAUGCGACGUCGACGACCGCUGUGUCGACGUUUCUUACGACCCCCAGGGCAGAAAUUGUUGGACGAAGGAUACACUUAACACCCUGAAUCCCGUUGGCUGGGUUUGGACCGGCAAGAAAAUCCAAGAUACGACCACCAAACCAGCCGUUUCCAAUGCCGUUUCCUGCUCAACGGCUGGGACUAACGGCAAGACCUUCAAGACGACAAUCGGAAACGAGUACCAGAUCAUCUGUGGUCAGGACUACGCUGGGGGAGAUCUCAAAGCUGUGGACGCGGCCACCUUCCAGGCUUGUAUCGAAACAUGCGACAGCACACCCGGCUGUAUCGAUGUCGCCUACGUGGGGCCAGCGUGCUACAUGAAGGAUAAGCUCAACACUCUUGUGCAGUCCGCUUGGGUCUCAACCGCCCUUCUCUUCAAGCGACCAAAGGCCCUUACGUGCCAAGCUGACGAAUCUCACGACACCGUUUUUACGACCAAGGAUGGCCGGCAGUAUGACAUCCAGUGCGGAUACGACCACCCGGGUGGCGACAUGAAGAUGGUUUACGCGGACAGUUUUCAACUCUGUUUGGAAGCUUGCGAUGCUAACGUUGGCUGCCUUGAUGUCGCAUACAGCGGGGUCGCAUGCUACAUGAAGGACACCCUCAAUCCAAAACAAGCCGCUGGAUGGGUGUCUAAUGCUCGAUACAUCGGCAUGGCUCCCGUUUCCUCAACAUCGAUGAUCGCUUCCAGUACAACGGCCACUUCAACCUCGGGCACUGCAACAGUCACCCCCAUGUCCCAGACUGCGUGUUCCUCUGGAUCAUCAGAUUCAUUCAUACCCUCCAGAGACCCUGAUAUCGACCGUUACACUGCGGAGAGACUCACACCAGUCACCUCAGUCACUCUCAACUAUGCUGAAAGCCCUGGCAACCGGGUGAUGCAGGUCGAGCUGGUGAUGAACUCUGCAACUCUCGUUCUCGAAAACUCAGCACGAAUCGCCAGCGUCACUUGCAAGAACAGCACCACUGCACAGCCUUCAGAGAUGACGUUGUUCUUCAGCAACGAGAACGACGCUUCAAGUGUUUACACCACUUUGACUCAGUCACCUGGUCUGCUUCUCAUCACGAACACUGUAGGCUGCAACAUCAAUACAGCUCGUGGUUUCUGGCAGCUUGAUUCAGCAGGCAACACGCCACCAACUUCGUCCUCGUUCACGAUCUUUGUCAAAGAGCGAAGGAUGAUUGACGUGGCUAGCCAAAUCACUCUGGUCUACGGCAAAGUUGACGACGCUGGCAAGCAAAGUUACACUUCAACUUCGAGCAAUGCUGCUUCGGUACCUUCUGCGCCCAUCGGAUCCGGGUCCUUGUGCAGUGCAUCUGCAACCCUGUCUUCAACUGCUUCAUCUUCAGGGUCAUCCAUCUCAGCCAAGCCCAGCGCGACGGGCUACAGACCUCCGCCAGAGACUCUGGCAGACUUGACCCCCGCAGCACGGGAGCUGUAUGACUUCUUUCUCGCCAACAUUCAGGUUGAAAACGGAAACAUCAAAUACAACGUCCCUGCCCAAAAGGGGCAGGAAAUUCCAGCAGCAGCGUACAACCCCGAUGAUCUUGUCGGGCAGCAAGCAGUCGAAGAUGCCUUCAAGGAAGCUGGGCUUGACAAACCAUCCGAUCUCCUCUCUAAGGCGACUGAUGGUCUGAAGAAGGUUGCCGCCAACGUCUGUCCGUCUGCUUCAGCCACUGUCAAAAGGACGCUUCUCGAGCCAUUCAUCCAGGCGCGUCGGGAGCGCCUAUCCAAAGCUCGAGCCCGCCGUCUGGGAAACUUCAUCAGCAAGCGCCUUGAGGCCCGGGAGACAGACGGCUGGGACAUUGCCUGCGACGAUACCGUCACAGAGCUUGUUGGCCAUCUCCCCGGAGGUGGAGCACUGGAGCUGGUGUGUGCUGGCAAGUCCCUCUACGACAACCGCGACGCUAUCAAGUGCCUCUUUGGCGGUUGUCAGACAGUUACAUACAUCACCACCAAGACUACCACGUAUGAUUUCAACUACUCUUGGACCAUGAACUUUCCGACCAUCUCCCAGGUUCUGAAGUAUGGCCCCGGGAGCAAGGCGCUGUCCUGCGUCAACUGCGGGUUCUCUGUCACGAGCAUAUCGUUUACCGGGAAGAUAAUCGUGGUGGUGACCAAUGGAAACCUCCAGAUCAAGCAAGCAGACGUGACCCCAGGAAUUGCAGGGACUGCGUACAUGAUUGCGAGGCUUCAGUCAGAUGGCCCAUGGCAGGGCACUUGGAAUCACAACUACAACUCUCUGGAUCUCGGUCCCAUCCAGAUGGAUGGUGCCUUCAGGAUCAACCCCACAGUUCUGUACGGCGUUGGAAUUGACUUCUCCACGGACUCAAAAGUUGAUGUCACCGGCGGAGCUCGCUUCUCCUGGAGCAAUGCCGACGCUUCCAUCAACAUACUCCAGAGCAGGUUGACGAACCAGAGAAAUUGGCAACCGUCCGUUGAGUUCACCUUUCCCUCCUUCAAGCAGGGCUCGGCAGUCAGUCUUAAACCGUACAUGAGAUGGAUCGUCAAGAUCAAAGUCGACAUCUACGGCAUGGUCCACAUCAACCCCUUCAUUACCUCACAGACCGUCGCCGGUAUCGACUCUUCGUACUCCUUCACAGCAACAAGCAAUUGCCCGGCUAACAACCUUUUGGUCAACAACUUCGUCUACAGUGCCAACACUAUCGGGUUCGGCGAUGGUAACUCUGCCGUGCUUUACAGCGGUCAGGCGGGCAGCGCUAAGCGGUGCCUACCGGUGCCAGGCAUCACCCCCUCGCCGGAAGAAAUAGCGUCGCUGAGGAACGUUGGCCAGAACUUCUGCACCAAGUACAUCAACUACAGGCCUCCUUCAACUUGGACGUACGUCACCGAGACUUCGACCGUCCCGAGCACCACCACGACAUUCGUGACCACGACUGUCACCACCACUUCGACCGUUUACUCAGCCGUCACGACAAGCUUUGAUAGCUAUUUGACGAGAACAUUCUCCGCCCGGACAGUGACUGUCACGGCGAGCGACAAGACCGCCAGAUUCGCAUACCUAAACUUCAGGCGAGGGCUGGAUGUGCACACUCCAACGCCCACUGCAGGCCCAAACAGGCGCGCUGUGGGUGGUGUUGUUGCUCAAGCUACGCCGACUAUGGUCAAAGACUGGGACGCCACCAAAAUCUCAUUCGCCUGCAAGCAGAUUGCCACAGGUACGGAAACCAACACCUACACAACCACCACAACGACGACAUCGGGGGUCGUCACUGCCACCGGGACCAUCACAAAGAAUGCACAGGGUCCACUCCAGACGUAUACUUACACCAUCUCCUCUACACGCUUCAUGGGAAUUGCAACGGCUACAGUGGCAGGCACCGUCGCUACAGAAACCGUCUGCCCGCCCUCGCCUGUGAACACAUGCUUCAAGAUCAAGGUCCACGGUUGUCCCUGGGUAGAAGACAAAUACAUCCGCUACCAUCAAUACGGCUCUUUCCAGCCCGAGUCCUGGUAUGGCACUGACUACGUCUUCUACCUCACCACCGAGGGUCAUCUCAUGGGAUACAUCCCCGGAGGCCCAUCGCUGGUUCUCGGAACUUCGUACCCGUACGUCAGCGACAACUAUUGGGGCGAGGUGUACAUGAAACCCAUGGACCAGUCUUUCAACGGCUACACUUUGGCCAAAUGUGCCAAGGACUCUGACCCAUGCUCCAAGGGGCUCACUUGCUCCAUCAUCGACGCGGGAGGCGUGGAAAGGUUUGGGAUGUCGCUGCAGGUUCCCGACUUUCAGGCCAACUCAUACUAUAGGGACGAUGGAAGAAGCAGCAACUCUUUCCGUCCUGCGUGGUAUAAGCUGCCGGACACAAGUUGGUACAAGUGGCUUCCGUUCACGAUGACUUAUGAGGAUGUGCCAUGUCCUUGCUAA